AUGGAUAGAAAUGGAGAAUCAAUAUUCACAUCUAAUUUUUGGAGAGAAAUCAAUGAGUAAUUUUUCAUGGUUCUGUCUCCUGUCAACAUCUCUGAUAUUAGAGUGUUCAAAAAGAAAUUUUCUAAUUAUGUAAACUUAAAUUGUCAUAAAUUAUUAGAUAAACUUCUUCGACAUAAUAACAGAUCUAAAUUAUCUUAAUUCAACUUUAUCAACUUAAAAUAAAGAAUUUCAUUGCUCUUUCAAGAAAGCUAAUAACAUUCAGAACCCAUUUAAAAUUUAAUUGAUGAAAUGAUAGACCAAAUUUGUUUUGCUCAUCUUAUAGAAGGACUACAGCAGACCUAAGAUCUCAUUAAAAAUAUGUCCCAAUUAUCAGAAUAACAACAAUAAAUAAUAUACAAUUAAGAAAAUUAAAUAUUGAGUAAUUUACACCAAAUGAUCGAUUGUCAAGAUGAAUUGUCUCAACAUAUACAAUAACUUGAAUCAUAACUUGAACAACUCGAUAAUUAGAAUUCCAUUCAAUAGUACAAUACUAUUCCUAAUAUAAUUAGGCUUGAACAACAUGUCAAUGAAAUCAACAAUUCUCUCCUCUUCACUUAUUCUUCUUAAAUACUUCAUGAGAAUUCCCUUAAAUUAACCAGAACCAGAAUCUAAAAUCACAAAGAAGAACUCUCCGCAUUGAAGGACCUAAUCAUAUUGCAUGAAGAUUACCAAGUGGCAGAAAGCAUUGGAAAAGCUACUUUCAACGAAUAAAGUAACACCAUUACAGUGAUCUUCGAUAAAUAUUUGAGUCAAACUUAAAUUGAUCUCAACUUGGAACACUUUGCAAAUCUACAAAAAUUGAGAGAAGUACCUUACGAAUUUCCUGAUUAAUUGCCUGGACUCAGAUCUGAUGAUGUAUUCGAAAUGCAAAUGUGUCAUUUUUGUAAGUUGAUGGUUGAUGUUAAAAAUCUGAAAUAGUGUUCAUAUAAUCAUUAUUAGAUGGGGUUACAUGAAUACAAUGAAGAUUUAUUAAUUUGUUAAAGAUAUUAAAUUAAUGCAAAGUCUUAAUAAUCAUAUUUUUUAGAUCUCUAUUCUACAAAUUACAUCAUUGAAAAUUAAUAGAUCCAAUGCAAAAGAUACUUUUGUUUGAAAUGUUUGAAGCAUGAGUUCGAUUCAUAUGAAACUACUCAAUUUCUUUGGAUUUGCCCCUUAUGCAAAGGAUUAUGUUCUUGUCUCAGAUGUUCUAGAAAUGAAAUUAUUUAUAAAUUAAAGAGACAAUACUUGGAAUUGAAUGGUAAUUUGGAAGAUAUUUAUUAAUCAUCAUAUUUUGAAAUACUUGUGAAUGAAAAACGAAAGCAAAUUAAAAAUAUUCCUAUUGAAUUUAUUAAUUUAAUUAAAAACAAACAAGAAAACAAUGAUGAUACCUUAACACCAAAAAGUAAUUUGAAACAUAAGAGAUCAAUGACCAAGGGUAUGAUGAAGAAGAAAAUGAAGAAAAAUGAUUCAGCUUAGAAAUCACAUAAACUUACACAUAUAGAGAGUUCCUCAUCAUCAGUGAAAAUUAAGAAAUCAAAGGAGAUUAAAAAGAGAUCUGUGUUUCUUAAUAACAAUCAAAAUGAUCCUUCUAAUCAAUAAAUCUUUAUCUAAUGA